AUGAAUCUCCCUGAUGAUAUAUUAGUUUCAAGUACGUUUCCUGUUACAAGGAAAAGCAGAAAAAAGAGAAUGUAUUAUGAAAUAUGCGAAGAUGAAUCACCAGAAUUACCACUAGACAAGUUUAGAGUAGAUCAAACAAUAGUUGACCAGAUAACUAUAAGUUUAAAUGAACGUUUUACUGACAACAAUAAAUUGAUAGCAGAUGUUCAGUACUUAUUACCUAAAAAUUUUAAACUAAUUGAACAAAUGCCAAAUACUGCAUUAAAACAUUUGGCAAAUUUAGCAAAUUUAGAACACAUACAACUUGGUUUAGAACUUAAAAACUUUUCUAAAGUUUAUCCAUAG